UGACAGAGAUGUCCGGCUAUUGGCCGAGACCGAGAGGGCACGUCAUCUCCAUCAAUCAGGGGGGCUGCAAGGUUCUCCUUUGAGGAAUGUCCUCCCUGCACGCCCCGUCCAGCCGCCUGACCGUGCGUGGUUGUGGAUACAAGAGAGGCCGGGCAUGAAGUGCCCUCCCGUCCAAUGAUUAUGCAGGGGAAAGGUGAUUAUGACUUCUUAUUAGAAGGGAAAAGCAGCUCUCAGCUCUCUGCAGAAGAGGUCACAGUGCUGGACCCGGGCGGAAGGUCUGCUCCUGUACCUGAGGUAGACGCAGCUCCUGGAUUUAGUUUGAGUCUAUGUACCCAAUCAGACAGCUGUCCUCUCCCUCCUCCUCUACCACCACAGUGUGAGGGUUUCCCAACACCGGCCUCCCCUCAAACCCCCUGCGUCCCCUGGCGGUGCACGGUGCAGGGCUCUCCAGGACGCAGACACUCGAACGCCGAGACGCAUGAUUUCUGUUUCGGGUCACUUCCAGAGGAAAUAGACUCAUCAUUUAACUCUGGAGCCGCGGCGGGAAGUUUGGACUGUAAUGGAACUGCAAUGGAUGACGGGAGCAAAACUUUUGAGUGGAUGAGGGUGAAAAGGAGUCAGCAAAGAUCAAGCAGGAUGCAUAUGACCUGCAGUGGUACAGGGUUCUGCUUGGAGGAGGUUGGAAUCCCGGCUGACCGCACCACCGUGAAUGGAUCCCCAAGGACAAGUUUCAGCACCAAGCAGCUGACUGAGCUGGAGAAGGAGUUCCACUUUAACAAAUACUUGACGCGGGCCAGGCGUGUGGAGGUGGCAGGCACCCUGCGGCUCAGUGAGACGCAGGUGAAAGUUUGGUUCCAGAACAGACGCAUGAAGCAGAAGAAAUUACAGCGGGAAGGGCUAAGUUUGGAUCCCCAAGGUCCCCUGCACUACGGGCCUAAUCAGGGAACCUGCGCCUCUCCCUGAACUCCUGAACCGCACCGUGCGUUACAGAGAGAGCGGUGGCUCCAGCCUGCCGGCAGAUGUUUUCAUUCGCGUUUGCAUCGCUUGCAAUCAGGCGUCACCUUUAUUUGUUUACCACGAUGGAUGCUGCAGCCUGCUCCCGAGAAGCGCCAUGGCAGGCUCCCUCCAUGCAAGAAGGAGUAAAAACGAUUUGUCAUUCACCCCGGCUUUAGACUGGGAACUCUGAUUUGAAUAUUGAAAUGAUUGCCAUUUCAUUGCGCUCCAGUGUGCACAAUGUAAACGAAGAUACAAACUUCUUUAAUUAACCGUGGAAAUCCUUGGGAGGCUAUUUGAUUGUGUUGGACCAUUUACCAGGGACUGAUUUUACUUGAAUCUACCUGUUUAAAUCUACAGCAAACAUGUUUUUGUCUACAUGCACGCAAGAUAGAGAUAUUUAUUUAAGGUCCGUUUUAAGCUGUUUUGCUUAACUCAAAACCUGUGGACAGCAUGUAAUCACUCACACGAUUCAGUUUUUAUUUUAUAUAAAUAUGCCGGCCAAGAAUUU